AUGGCCCAUCACCUCUCCCGUCAAGCCGCCCUGCAGCAUGAGGAUGCAUCCGGACCCGCCAUCUUCUCGCCCUCGGUUGCGCGCAUCGCCGCUUCCACCGCCCGCGACUGGGCCUACGUCGACUCUUGGCUCGCGUCCAAGCUCCCUGCUGGCCGGGCCCCGCCGUCCUUUGAACGCAACAGCGAGACGCUCAAGGCCCUGCUGAGUCUGUCCGCCCACAACGAGGCCGCCGACGACGAGCGCCUAUUGCUCGCUCGAGCUGAUGACGCCGCCCUCGACGAGCUGCGGACCCACCACCAGUCGCUGCCCCAGGGUGGCCUGCUGCCUCAGCAGUCGCUCCAGGCCAAUGUGCUCGCGGCCGUUGAGGAGGGCAUGCCCAAGGAGGGUGCCAGUGCCCUUGGGUCCCUGGCCCGGCUGGCAGUCUUGGCAGGGGACGCGGAAGCAGAUCCUCAGGGCCUCGCGCGCUCCAUAGUCGCCUUGCAAGCUUCCCUGUUCGAUACGGAGCAGAUGGCUGCGCGCGUCGAAGCCGUUCUUCACCACGCCGAGCGGGCGGCCGGCGAGGCAGCUGACCUCUUGAACAACCUGCAAGAUCAGUCUUACCGGCCCCCCUCGGACAUGGCCAAGCGCAAUCUGGACCUGCAGCGUAGCAUCAAGGUGGUUUCCUCGGCCCCGCCGCCGGAGCACACUGACCGUACCGCCGCCGCCGACUCUUCGCCCCUGCCCCAUCCUACCGUCGAAGACGUCGCCGACCAGGAGCACCACCUUUUCGAGCUGCUUGCACGGAGGAGAGAGCUCGAGCACCAAAUGGCCGCCUUCGCUGGCCUGCCCAGCGACCCAGACAUGGCACGGAGCGAGGUUGACGCGCUUCGCCGUCAGCUGCGGGCCGUCACCUCACAUCGUGAUGCCGCCUUCGAAGAUCUGAUGGACCGUGACAGUCCCGUGAAGCGCCGUACAUAA